UCUGCGGUGGAAAAAUCGAUGGCUGCUGUGUUUUGUUAAAUCUAUGUAGUUCAAUGCCCAAUUUUUAUGGAAUUUUUCAUAUUUCCCCUGUGCAUGAGUGAGUCUUGGGUAGAUAGUCCGAACAAAAGUGAUCACAAGUCUUCUCAAUUAUGUGUUAUGGCGGAAGAGGACUCGGACGCAGAAAUAAGACGGUCCCUAGAUGUUGUUCAGUCCAUGAUAGAUAUCUCUGCUGAGAGAUUACAAGGCUUGAGAACUCAGUGUGCCACAAGUGUUGAACUGACCAGACAAGAAAUCAGGACUCUCGAGGGUAAACUCAUUAAAUUAUUCUCGCGUCAACUGGUGACGAAAACUAAACUGAAGUCAAGUAAUCAUGCAGACUUGCAGAACAUACCCUCACUCAAACAGUGGCUCCUUGUCGUUGGACUUGGACCGGAGUCAAUUCAGCUUAUCUGCCAAAGGGUCAAGACGAUUGAAGCUCUACAAGAGCGAUCGGAACAUGAUAUUAAAACAUUACUCGCGUCUCGAUCCACUGUCAAUCAAGAAGAGCUCAGGCGGCUCAUGAGGGCAAUGCAUAAUUUGAAAAAAUACACUGAUUUAUUCUUGCGAGGAGACUCCAAAGAAAUCGGUGAAGUCGCUCUGUAUUGGGACUCAUGGGAUCAUCAGACUGUUUUCCGAGGGAGCUCUCCUCUGCGCACGAGGAGUGGACGGUGCUCUGUCCCUUCAGAAGAUGCUCUGUUACCCUCAACUCAACAACUAGCUGCGCUAAAUCAUCAUUCCAAUUCCGUUUCGUCCCUUCCGCAGUCAACGCCUACUCACACUGUCAGCAGCACUCCACUGUCGCCCCUUCUGUAUCAUCCACCCUCUACGCCGCCUUUGACACCGUCGUCUAAAGGGAAAGGUGAUAAGGUGAAAUUUCCCACCACGCCCCCACCCAGGAAGAAACAUCAGACUGGACUACAUUCUGCUGUCCUUCUUCCGGAGAACCACUCCUUAAUUAAAUCCAAGUCUCACGAGUCUCAGUUGGGUAAUAAGAUUGAGAAUGAGUUGAAUAACAUCGCUGGGCCUGAAAAUGAGAAAGGGCGCAGAGGAAGACUUCCAACUGAACCUGGGUUAGGACAGACUUCACCUCUUUUAGCAAGUCCAAUUAGAUCUCCUCCACCUGUUGAUGAUGAUGUCUCUCAGAGAUCCUCCGUCAGUUUACAAGUACCCAAGUCUCCUCGCACUCCAAAUGUCUCGCGGGGAAUGGGUCAUGUCAUCGCUCAUCGGUUCACCAAAACUUUUAAAAUGAUGACCACUUGUGAUUACUGCGAUAAACAAAUGUUCAUAGGUACAGGGUUAAAGUGCAAAGAAUGCAAAUACAAAUGCCACAGAGACUGCGAAUCCAAAGUGCCGCCUUCAUGUGGACUACCUAGAGAAUUCGUUGAUGCUUUCCGUAGGAAAUUACAAUCUGAUGCAUUUGUUCCAAGUCCAUCGCCUAACAUGAACCGGCCCUCACCGAGUCAUCACUCAUCUAAUCGGCUCAUGAAAGGGGGCCGAAGAUCACUCGUCAAUGUUCCUUUAAGCUCAACAAACGCAGACUCUAGUUCAAACACUUCCAGUUGUAACAGUUCAACUCCAUCAAGUCCUGCUCUUGUCAUUCCAUCGCAGACCUCCACCAUGAGCUCCAUCUCGAAACAGCAGUUCCGCUUUCCAGAAGUCAAUAGCUACGACUCGCAGUCAUUAGAUCUCAAAGGAUCUUUGGAUUCGGACUUAACCAUAUCAAUGAGUACUGACUCGGAUCGCACGCCUGUUCGGGUGGAUUCUCUGGAUAGUCAAGUUUCAGACGGUGAUGCUUCGGACAAAGCUUGGCCGCGACAAAACAGCCUAUCUAUGCGUGAAUGGGACAUUCCAUGGGACGAAUUAAAAAUGGGGGAGCCUAUUGGAACGGGUCAUUUUGGUACCGUUUACCGGGGUAACUGGCAUGGCGAUGUUGCAAUCAAAGUUCUAAAAAUGGACUGCUUAGAUGAUGAAAAGACUUUAGAAGCUUUUAAAUUAGAGGUUGCCAUGUUUCGAAAAACACGGCAUGAAAAUUUGGUCCUAUUCAUGGGAGCAUGCAUGAAGCCACCACGAUUAGCGAUUGUAACUAGCAUGUGCAAAGGAAUGACAUUGUACACCCAUAUACACUUGUACAAAGACAAAUUCAAUGUUAAUAAUACUACAAUUGUUGCUCAACAAAUAUCACAGGGGAUGGGGUAUCUACAUGCACGUGGCAUCAUUCACAAAGAUCUGAAAAGCAAGAAUAUAUUUUUAGAAAAUGGAAAAGUAGUCAUCACAGAUUUUGGUUUGUUCAGUGUCACGAAGUUGUGUAUAAAACACAGGAAAGAGGGUAAUAUUAGUAUACCGCCAGGCUGGCUCUGCUACUUGGCGCCUGAAGUCAUUCGUAGCCUAAACGCGCAUCACAAACCUGAGGAUGAAGAUUUACCUUUCACACAAGCCUCAGAUGUUUAUGCCUUUGGAACUGUAUGGUAUGAGCUGCUGUGUGGGGAGUGGCCGUUCAACACUUUAACCUCAGAAAGCAUCAUCUGGCAGGUUGGAAGAGGAAUGAAACAACCCUUAGCAAAUCUUCAGGCCUCGCAGGAUGUAAAAGACAUUUUAAUGCUUUGUUGGUCGUUCAAUGCGGCUGAUCGACCAGAUUUUGCCUGGCUCUUGAAAACCUUAGAAAAAAUUCCAAGGAAACGACUGGCUCGAAGUCCAUCGCAUCCUAUCCAUUUAUCAAGAUCAGCAGAAUCGGUUUUCUGAGAUAAGCAGAAACUAGAAUUGCCUUCAUCUAGUCAACAAAAUCAAUGAAGCCCGACUUUUCGGCCAAACUCAUUGCUUCUUCAUGUCGCCUUGUUUGUAUUUCGAGCUGGCUCCUUUGUAAACUGUGUAAAAAAGUUUUCUACUCAACGCCUAUCUUGAGGGUUUGUAAGUACUGUGUCUCAACUUUUCUCCUUCGCGAUAUUCAAACCAAAUAUUUUCUCUGGAAUCAAGAGUGUGUUCAUUACAAUGUAUUCCUUACUCGGCAGUCCCUCUGCGCAAAGUGGAAGAGAUAAAGAGACCCACAGGUUCUCUCUACUAAUGUGCAAGAGAAUGUUUGAUUGUAAUUUGUAUUUAUUCCCUCCGUGGGACAUUCAUCUGCUUUAGUGUACGUCAGUCAUGUAGAGCUUCUUGCCAAAUUUUGGCUCUCUAUUUCUGAACCUUACCUGUAAGUUUUCGAAUACCCGUUUUCAAACCAAGGGUAGAGGAGAAAUGUUUUGCGGCAGAUCCUUCCCAUACCAUAAAAACUAGUCAAAAAAUUCAAAUCUAACUGCAAGCUCAGAAGUUUUAUUUCGCUGCCAAAGCAAUUGAUUGCUGCUUAAAUUUCUUUCCACCUUUAAAUAUUCCCUUAACUUGAAAACAGGCUUUACUUAGAAUAUCUCAUGUUGAAGUGAGAAUAUGUAACAGUAACUUCUUACUUACUGUAAUCUCAAUUUCAGCAUAUUUUAAGUUCCCUUUUCAGAGGAUGAGUUUAAUUGCACAUUGUCCACCAUAUGGAUAUGAGCCUGGCACCAAAGUGUUCCCACAGUAUUGCCAUCUUUUUAAUCCUCAAAAUUUGUGGUAAAAAAAAAGACUGGGAGGAAAUUCUGGAAAACUGGGAAGCUAAUUUGGCCAGGAACAUGAGGUAGUCAAGCUGUUUAGCUAAAGAAAUGUUUAUAAAGGCUGGUUUUUCUCUUAUGAGAUAGAAUUCUUGUUGUCAAAUAGUCGGUCAUCUUGAUUCAUGAGAUAAAUGUGACCAAAAGGCCUCAACAGGAAUAUCAAAAAUUCUGAUCUGUGCUUGACCGAGUGUGGGGAAAGAUUCAUUUGGCUGAAAACUAAGAAUCACGUUAUCGGUAUUAUUGCUUAAGAAGUAGCUCACAAAGAAUCAAACCAUACCGUAGUCCUAAUGUUUUGAAGGUUGCAAUUUUAGAAGCUUAGUCUCAAGAAAAACCUGUUAAAAGCUUUUACAUCCUGUAUUCGGAGUUCAAAAUUGCUAGAAUGAAUCGCAAUUUCUUGCCCCCUGUUGGCAAGAAAGUGAAAUAAACUGUUGCCAACUUCAACUUAUUUGUUAGGAUGUUGAAGAGUGUCGGAAAAAUCUAAAGAUUUUUCCCCUCAGAAAUUUGUAGAUGUCUCCAUAGAGCUCUCCAAAAAUGAUUCGAAAAUCAUCUAAAUUUUGGAUCGUAAGGUUUUCAGUGAAUGAUACGUAGCCAGUCGGCUAUUCUUGUCUAAUUUUUCAUCAAUUUUCUGUGAUACUGUAGGACUUAACUUGAGUCCCACCAGCGAGCUUGCUUUAAACCUUUUUAAAUUAAUUAGCCAGUCUGAAAGUUUGUAAUUUGCUUGCAGAAUGGAUUUUUUUUCUUUCUAUUGAAUCAAAUUCAUAGCCGCAAAUAUGUCCAUUCAAGAGACUUUUAUUAGAAUCAAGGAAAAUAGAUUUCCUUAAAUUAGGCUUUGAAAAGUUCUCAACUCAAGUUUUCUUGUCCAUCAAAAAUAAUUGUAUGUUUGUCAAUUUCUAUCACAUGUUUCGGUCAAGGCUUUCAGUUAGCUUUUUGUACGUAAGUUUUAGGUGAAAAUUUCUUCAUUUAUUAUUAAAUUUGUGUUUCCAGGGUGUCUACAAGUCUGGAAUUGCCAAAAAUAGUACUGAUUUUUUAAGGGCAGACUGGAAUGUUGUAAUAGUGAAAUAUUAGUAUUAGUGCAGUCAGGUUGGCAAUCACUGUAAUGCCACACCUGAGAGGAUAGUGCGCAUGCGCAAGGUGAAGGUUAUCCAAUAUUGUACAUACAGUUGAAUUUUUUAAUUUUGCUUUAACAUCAUCUAAUGUUGGAAUAUAAUGUUUUGGCGUUACAAUUUCUUUAUUUAAGGCAUGAGGAUCUAAGCAGAUUCUUACUUCUCCAUUCGGUUUUGACACCGUUACAAUUGGAUUUACCCACUCAGUAGGUUCCGUUACUCUUUCAAUUACUCCUAAUUGCAUCAUCCUUUGCAGUUCUUUCCAAACUCUCCUACGCAAUUUAUAAGGAAUUUUUCUUGGCGGCUCAGCUGUUGUUUUCGCACUAUCAUUUAUUUUUA